AGAAGGCUGAAUGCAGGCGCAGCCAUUUUCUCCUACAUUGGAACUCAAUGGCCAAAAUGGGUUUCCUUUGUUCCUAAAGGGAUCUAAAUCUUGAUUUCAUCAGCCUUUUAUGGACUAUUUAAUACAUACAGUGUUUCUGUUUACAGGAUCUGAGAAGAAGGAAGAUGAAAUGUUGGAUGAUAUCCCUUUGACAUUUUUAAGCUUUUUUUCUCUUCCUGGAAACCAUCUUUGUCCCAGCAAACUAGGUCAUGGCACACCCAUAUAACAGCAUUUUAUUCUUUAGUAAAAUGCUACUGAAUAAACAUUUUGCAUUUGAUUUAUAUUAUUACUAACUAGACUGUAAAAAGAGAGAGCGAAAGAAAAAAAAACACAUGAAAGUUACCAACUGCUUUUAAGGCCCUGCCUUGUACAGGGCCAAGCAUUAAUCAAUAAGUAAGUUUAUCUUUAUUGUCUUUGCUUAUUUAUCUGCAGAAUAAAUGUUUUAAUGCUAAUUAAACAGGCAUUUUAUGUAAACUGGCUGAAUUUUUAUUUAUUUUUAGUGCUCCCUAAGUGUCAUCAGUUUUGAGCAAAGCUUUGUCUUCAGAACAUUCAGUUGCAUGCUGUUCUCUCUCUAUCUCUCUCUUUUAAUAUAUAAAUUUAAAUUGAUUGCUUCUCACAUUUCAGCAAACAAUUCAGGCCAUAGAGAAAAAGGACGAUUGGCCUUUUGCAAAAAUGCUGAAUCACAGCACACCAUUCAGAGCAACAUCCUGUCCCGCUCCACCCUCUGUAGACAGGAGAAUGUGAGAAAUGUGAGAAGAUUUUCAAAGGACUGUCUCAAUGAACAUGUAUUUAGGAAGUAAACUAUCCUGACCGGCUGGAGGGAGUGCCUUCAUGUACCCCGCCUAGUGAUGGUGCAGACCAUGUGUAGACAGGCACACAUGUUUAACAGCCUCAAUUACAGUCGCACGCUCUGAUCUGCUGGGGUUCUUGAAAACACAGUCACAUGGUUUGAAAAGAAAACGGGCGAAAGGAGGAGGAAGUUGAGACCGGAUAGCAGCAUGCUUACCUGGCAGAGUUAGUCUCACGUUAUACUCACCAAUGAAUUCACCUGACACUUCUGUGCACUUGGGCACCUGUUGGAGGAACUGACUCGGCCGGUGUGGACAUGACACAGAACGGCACUGUAGCCGGCAAUGGCACUCAAACUGAUUCUCUCAAAAUUGUGAUCGUCGGAGACGGGGGUUGUGGGAAAACAUCUCUGCUUAUGGUGUACGCCAAAGGAGAUUUUCCAGAGAAAUAUGCUCCGUCUGUGUUUGACAAAUAUGUCACCACUGUAUCCUAUGGAGGGAAAGACAUUCAGCUGAAUCUGUAUGAUACGGCAGGCCAGGAAGACUAUGAUCGCUUGAGGCCUCUGUCGUAUCAAGAAGUAAACCUUGUUCUCAUCUGCUACGAUGUGACCAAUCCGACGUCGUUCGACAAUGUCACGAUAAAGUGGUACCCAGAGGUCCGUCAUUUCUGCCGUGACGUCCCUAUUGUCUUAAUAGGGUGCAAGACAGACCUGCGAAAGGACAAAGAGAAGAUGAGGAAGCUCAAAGCUUUAGAUCUGGCGCCCAUCACCUACCUCCAGGGUGAACAGAUCCAGAAACAAAUGAACGCUGAGAUAUACCUGGAGUGUUCGGCUAAAUAUAGAGAAAACGUAGAGGACAUUUUCAGAGAGGCAACCAAGCGAGCGCUAGCAGCCAGGGCUAAAGCAAGACAUCGCUGCAAGAAGAAGAAACGCUGCACCAUUCUGUGACCACUGCCAGAAGAACACACUUGUUCAAGUUUUGUAUAUAUGAGCUAGGAUAUUCUGUAAACAUUCCGGAAACAUCUGCAAAGCUUCUCACAAUUGUUUAAGCCUUCUCAAAGGAAUAUUCUUCAGGACAUGUGGUGUGCGUUUUCUCACAAUCUGUCCACCAAGCAAGGCUUAACUGUUUGACAGAGGUCGUUUGUGUGUGUGUGUGUGUGUGUGUGUGUGUGUGUGUGUGUGUGUGUGUGU